AUGAUGGCGGCGGUGGUGCGUCCCGCGUUGUUUGUGGUGGCCGUCGCGCUGUGCUGCGUGUGUGGCUGCGCAGCGACCACUGCUAAGGGCAUCGGUGACGGUGACGGUGACGGUGAGCGGAGGAAGAAAGUAUUGGGUGAGCUGGAGAAGGCGAAUGGGGAAGCGCUUAAGGCCAAGGAUGCGUUAAAUGACGCCAGGGGUAAGGUUGAAGCCGCAAAGAGUGCAACGGAAGAGUUUAAGACCGCGGCGGAAACGUUGUCACAAAAGGCAGACGAGCUAAAGGGCAAAGUGGAGGAAUUGAAGGACAAUCAGGGAGAGAAAAAAACGGAUGUGAUCCGUCUAGCGAGUGAUACAAUGAACGCAGCUAAGACGUCUCACGAAUCAGUUACUUCAAUCGUGGACAAAGUUACGAAAGCAGUGGAUGCAACGACUAAUGCAGGGAAGUUGUUCACGGCAGCGCAGGGGAUGGCUGUCAGCGCGGCGAAGGAAGCGAAUGCAGUUAUCAGCACACAAGCAGAGCACACAAAAGAGGCAUUAACAAAGCUAUCAGAUCUGUUGUCGGCACUGAAACAAGCCCAGAUUACUGCUGAAGAGGGAAGCACGGCUGCGACGACUGGCGAUGCUUUUAUUGCAAUGCAAAGCGCUGAGAAUGCGUACAAAUCUCUCAAAGAAAAGAUAUCCAGUGCACAGUUACCUGCCUCCACUGAGCUAAAGACGGCUGCUACAAAGGCUGCUGAACAUACAACAGCUGCGGCGGGACACGCUAAGAAGGCUUCAAGUGCUGCCAUUGAGGCAUCUAAACACGCUGGGAAAGCCUUCGAGAGCGCUGAGUUAUUGCUGAGGGAGAUCGAUGCUGCGUUGAAGGCUCUUAAAAACGAACAAAAGGAAUCUGAGGCUUCACCUGAAGAUCCUCAGUCUCCAUCACAGGACGAGGCACAGGGCCAGAGUAUCCCACAGGAACCACUGAGCAGUACUUCAACUGGUGAGAAGCCUUCUGAUCAACAAGAAGCGGGCACCGCGGCGACCGACAAAGAGCAGUCGCCAUCAGUACCAUCGGAGGAGAAGACAGCCGCAGAAUCCC